AUGCUGCUCAACGCUUCACGCAGCAAGACGAAAGCAACAACAAUAUCCAGUGGUUCUUCUAGUGGCUCGUCCCAUCACGUCAUCAAGAAACAACGUUCCAUUCACGAGUUUUUCUCACACUCGGCGAUAAAUCACAAGCAAAAAAGCGGAAAAUUACGUAAAGCUCGACGAUCACUUGAAGCUUCCGCCAAAGGCAACAAUUCAAGUGUUACAACAAUUGAAGAAGAUAUCAACCAUUACGAUUACGACGCGGAUAAAUAUAAUCGAGAUACGAUCCAAAAACGUAUUGAUUAUAACAUGAUGGAAGAUGAAAGUAAUGAAGAACUAAUCUUACAAGGAAAAGAUAAAGGACGUCAGCCAAAGAAAAUUGACUUUACUACUAUUGCUACUACUGGGACUAGUACUGCUGCUACUAGUAGUCAACAGAGUGAACCAGAUUUUGAACCAGCACAUACACCAUUACGCUUUGGCUAUCCAGUCUCAAGUCAAAGUUAUUAUACACCAAUACAUCAUCCUCAGUCUCAUCAAUAUAGUCAAGAUGACUUGGAUUAUCUGACACCUCGAGAUCAACCAGUUAUUCCGUUAUCAAAUCCAACAACACCAUCUCCAUUGAAAAAAAGACCACGAUUCCAUUCGACGGAAGUAGAAUUAAUUCAAGAUGAACCAGUACAAAAUCUCACUCAAGAUAUGACACAUAUGGACGUACGAUACGUGAGAGAAGGUCUACCAUCUUUUUCAAGUCAAUCGUCAAUGGAAGUAAGCUCACCACAGAAUAAAAGCGUGAAUGUUGUGGUGAAUACCAAGAGAGAAAGAUGUAAAGAAGAACAAGCUGUAUCGUUCUUGUCGGCAGAAAGUUAUGUGAAUCCAUUUGCACCAGAGUCAACGACGGAAUCAGGGAAGAAAAAGAUUUCGAGGCGUAAGCGAAAGUCUUUUUCGUCGACAUGGGUGGGAGCAAAGAAUGGAUCGCCUAUUGCCAAGUAUUUGUCCGACUUUUCAGAGCUUGGUUUGAUCGGAUCUGGGUCAUUUUCAAAGGUGUACAAGUGCGUCAAAAAGAUUGAUGGCUGGGUGUACGCUGUCAAAAAGAGUAAGCGCCACUUUCGUGGGAAAGCUGACACCGAACGAGCUUUACGGGAAGUACAGGCACUUGCAGCACUAAGCAGUAGUAACCAUGUUGUGCGGUAUUUUGACGCUUGGAUCGAAGACGAUUUGCUUUACAUCCAGCUUGAAAAGCUUGAGGCUUGCUCGCUCGCUAGCUUUGUCAAUAAGUACACACCCUAUAAGGUUCCGGAGGAGACUUUGUGCAAACUUUUAUGCCAUCUUGCUCAGGCUCUGUUUGAUAUGCACAGUAAGAAGAUGGUUCACAUGGACGUUAAGUUGCAAAACGUCCUAGUUGGCCCAGGGGAAGUCUAUAAGCUCGGCGACUUGGGGACAGUUGCUCACUUGGACGGCAGCAUGGAGAUUAGAGAAGGCGACAAUCGGUAUCUCAGUCGUGAGCUGCUCGAAGGCAACCGAAACAAUUUGCGCGCCGGUGAUAUCUUUGCUUUGGGAGCCACGAUCUAUGAGCUUGCGCUAGGGACGACGCUGGCCAGUGGUGGCGACGAAUGGCAGAAGAUCCGCGAUGGUGACCUUGUAAUGUUCCGACAAUACUCAAACUCGCUACAGCACCUAAUCGCUAAUAUGAUGCACCCUGAUGCGCUUCAACGACCUCUUGCUGAAGAUAUUUUGCAGCAUGAGGUGGUAUUGCCCUUCCGUUAA